CAGGAGAACUGCACAGGAGAGCUGCACAGGAGAGCUCGCUUCCCUGCUGAACGCUGGACAACGGCACCACCAACUAACAUCUGAGGUGAGCUGGGUUGCAGUGUCUCAGUAAUUGACCAACCGCACACUGAGAUCAGAUCUCCCUCUAGAGGAGAGAAGACGAACAACAGCUGCACUUCACAAUGGGAUUGUCUAAUGAUUGCAGGCACACACAUGAUCCUGAAGAGAUAGUCUUUGGAGACAGCCAAAAUAACUACAGAAUUCCGGCUCUUCUCUACAUUGAGAAAUGGAAGAAAUUCCUGGCGUUUGCUGAGAGUCGCACAUCUCCUGCCGACCAGGAUGCGAAGGAUCUGGUGAUGAGAACAGGCACCAGGGACACAGUCGGAGUGAAGUGGUCUUCCAUGAAGGUGUUGACCAAAGCGACCAAAGACAACUACCGCACCAUGAACCCCUGUCCAGUCUUCGAGACCAGCUCAGAGACACUGUUUCUUUUCUUCAUCUGUAUUGAGGGCCACACCGCAGAGAUUAGCCUUCAGCCAUGCCAAACCCGCUUGUGCUACAUCACCACCCAGGAUGAACAUUUGGGCGACGACAGCUGGAGGGAAUUAAAAGAUCUGACUGAUGAUAUAAUAGUGGUUGAAAAAGAAAAUAAUAAAAAGCUUUCCGAGUAUAAAACGUUUGCAGUAGGGCCAGGCCAUGGCGUCGAAGCUAAGAGAGGCUCUUCUGUCCGCACAGGGGAGACUAGUACUGGCUCAGAUGGCGCCAGGCUGCUGAUUCCAGCCUAUGUUAAAAUCAGCGAUGACAAAAGCUACUCUCUGGUUCUCUACAGUGAUGAUGGAGGCCAGUCGUGGGAGGCGGGGCAGCAACUGCGUAAGCAUCUGUCGGGCGAGUGUCAGGUGGCGCAGAUUCAGGGCACAGAGCUCUACUGUAAUGCCCGCAGCUCGUGUCGUCGGGUAGAGGCAGUUAGUGAUGACGCAGGGGCACAGUUUACCAAAUAUCUGGAUUCCUCUCUGAAGGAUUCAUGCCACGGCUGCCAGGGCAGUGUGCUGGCCGUGCCUGACCAGGGCUCCUCCAACACAUGGCUGCUCUACAGCCACCCGACCCAGAGGAAGAGGAGGGACCUGGGCGUCCGCCGGAGAGAGGCAUCUCUUCAGGGGGCAUGGGGGAAGCCCCUCGUCAUCCACCCGGGGAACAGUGGCUACUCGGACCUGGCCCAGUGUGAGGAGGAGGGGCGCUUUGCCUGCCUGAUGGAGUGCAGAGAGGCCAAAAACCUACAGAUCGUCUUUAAGGAGUUUUCUCUCUGUGAGAUUCCAAAACCUAAGUGUUCUCCUUGCUGCCUUCUGUGAAAUAUCCCAUUAAAACAUGAUCUUUGAAUAGUUCCAGUAUAGAGCAGACUCAA